AUGGCCGAGCCUCAGAUUCCCCAGACAUUAGUUGACUGGCUCGACGACCUCUGCGUGCGCUUCCUCCUCAACCUGCCCGCCUCCGAGCUCUCCUCCGUGCCGCGGCUUUGCUUCCAGGUGGAAGAGGCACAAUGGUUCUACGAAGACUUCGUCCGCCCCGCCGUGCAGGCCUCCGGCGCCCAGCCUCUUCCCCAUCUACCCCUCAGGCAAUUCUGUCUGCUCCUCUUCCACCAUUGCCCGCUCUUUAGUGGCUUUACCGACGCGCAGCACCUCGCAGCCUAUGAGGAGUUCUUAGCAUACAAAGUGCGCGUGCCGGUACGCGGGGCAAUUCUGAUGGACCAGAAUAUGGAGAAGAUGGUGCUCGUCCGCGGGUGGAAGAGUGGCUCUUCCUGGUCCUUCCCUCGGGGCAAGAUCAACAAGGAUGAGAGAGAUCUCGACUGCGCCAUUCGCGAGGUCUACGAAGAGACGGGCUACAAUCUAUCUACCUCCGGCCUGCUUCCCGAGAACGAAGACGAUCUGAAGUACAUUGACAUUGUCAUGCGGGAGCAACACAUGCGUCUCUUCGUCGUUCGUGGAGUGCCCGAAGACACUUAUUUCGAGACUCAGACGAGGAAGGAAAUCGGCAAGAUUCAGUGGUUUGGGAUCAAAGACCUACCCGGUUUCAAGAAACAAAGUAAACAGCAGCAGCAGCAGAACGAGGGGGAGACGGCGCAUGCCAACAAAUUCUACAUGGUCGCCCCUUUCUUGGGCCCUUUGAAGAAGUGGAUUGGGCAACAAAGGAAG